GGCUGGAGGCAAUAUUCUUCAGCUGCCAUACGUGGUCACCGGGAUCCCUCUGCGUUUUGCGCUCAUCAAUACGUCCGUGGUUAGUGCUUUCAUCUGGACGGAGUGCAAGAGCCAGUGUCCAAGAGAGAGAGAGAGAGAGAGAGAGAGAGAGACAGAGAGUUGAAGCUCGGGUCGGAGGAAGGACAGUCAGAUGGAGGACGCGCACAUGCGGACGUCCACGUCAGCAUGUCCGGCGACUUUGCAGCGGCCUGUGCCAGCCGAUCUGGACAAAUAUGUGGAUAAGCCUYAUCUGCCACGUGCACUGGCGGCGGUAACGAUCGAGACCCCGACAGGCACUCCUGGCUACGAUCACCGGCACCUGAGCGUCAUGCAGCAGCACGUGGCCUUUUUCGAUCGGAACAGGGACGGRCUCAUUUACCCGUGGGAGACGUAUUCGGGGUUCCGAGCCCUUGGGUUUAAUCCUCUGAUAGCCCUUCUCGGCGCUUUCGUCAUYAACGGAGCGAUGAGUUACAUGACGGUCGACGGGUUCCUGCCAUCGCCGCUCUUCGUUAUCAAGAUACGCAACAUCCACAAAGCGAAGCACGGAAGUGACUCAGAAGCCUACGACACAGAGGGGAGGUUCCAGGUCCAGAAAUUUGAAGAAAUUUUCUCCAAGUUCGACAAAGACCGAAGGGGAGGGCUCACAUUCUGGGAGAUGAUGGAAAUGACCGAGGCCUUCCGCGACGCAGUGGAUCCGUUCGGAUGGGUGGCAGCGAAGCUCGAGUGGGGAAUCACUUAUCUGCUGGCGGCCAAGGACGGGAUCAUCUCCAAGGACGCCAUCCGCGGAGUUCUUGACGGCAGUCUCUUCUACACAGUCGAGAGGCAGAGGAAGAAGGUGCUGUAAACGUGAAUGCCAAUGCCCGCCAUUGGACUCGACGCCUUCUUGUGCGUCUGAUUUCGUCUCUUCGACACAGUCGAGCGGCAGAGGAAGAAGGCUCUCUACACAUGAAUGCCGGCCAGUGUCGACGUUGUGURAAGGUGGAGGAAAGGAAAGAGUGAGCAGACCUGAUCAUCGCCACAUAARUGAGCGAAAGAGCGCUWACUUUAGAUUACGUGCAGGUGCGCAUUUCGUCCAAUUGAUUGGAUCCAUCACAGAGGAGGAACGUACUGUUGCAGGCGUUACGGAUUACCUCCAGCAGCAGGGGCCCCACGGAUGUUUCAAAAGAAGAAUAGUAAAGUCGAAGAGGGCGUAUCUGUCAUAGGAAUUGGAUGUUCGUGGCGUGUAUUGAUUCUGACCUAGUGUAUCGGAAGUUGCCAGUUAUUCGAGUCGCUGUAAGCGGGCGAAGAGGGGUUUUAGGAGGGGUCAAAAUGAAAGUGGUAAAAUUUGGAAGGGGUCAACUAGUCGGGAUAAUCUUGAGACGGGGAAAGCUGUCUCUUAUACACAUCUAGAUGUGUAUAAGAGACAGCUUAUCUGCUGGCGGCCAAGGACGGGAUCAUCUCCAAGGACGCCAUCCGCGGAGUUCUUGACGGCAGUCUCUUCUACACAGUCGAGAGGCAGAGGAAGAAGGUGCUGUAAACGUGAAUGCCAAUGCCCGCCAUUGGACUCGACGCCUUCUUGUGCGUCUGAUUUCGUCUCUUCGACACAGUCGAGCGGCCUGUCUCUUAUACACAUCUAGAUGUGUAUAAGAGACAGGGAUAAUCUUGAGGCGGGGAAAGAGAGUGGUAUGGGAAAGGGCAUAAUCAAGUGGUAUCGGGAAGGGCAUAAUCAGCCGAGACGCUUUGAGCGGACGUACCGAGAGGUUCGAGUUAGUAAGUUUCUUUGGGGUUUGUGGUGAUUGAGAAAUAUGGGAGAGGUCGUGUUGCAGUGAGACCCGAAUCUGAUGAGACGGAGGGAAGAAAUAUGGGACGUCUUUUUCUUUAAGUCAACGCAUUUCCAGUCAUGCGCAGGUGCUCAUAGUGUGGACAAGCCGGUCGGACACGCUUGUGGCUAUGACGGGGUACAACAACGCUAUUCAGAUUCUGUUUUUUUAUGUUAGGAGUCGAUUUGUCAUUUCCAGGGAAAAGAGAAUAAAGAGCGUGCUAAACCGGGGAAUAGGAGGUUGUCGUCAACKCUUUUUUUUUUUUUUUUUUUUUUUUUGUCGGUCAACGCAUUUCCAGCCAUUCGCAGGUUCUAGUGUGGAGAAGCCGGUCGGACACGCUUGUGGCUAUGACGGGGUACAUGAACGCUACAGAUAUUCUGUGUUUUUUAAUGUUUAGGAACCGGGGAAUAGCAGGACGACCGUUUUCCCCCGAACAUAACGCACCCUGAUGAUGAAGGUAUACCGUAUACAAGCUAUAUUUCUGGUGAGAUGCAACGAAAAUGAUUGUGUGUUGUGUUCGGAGGAACUUGGUACCGCAGAAAGCGAAGGGCAUACCCGGGUAUUACCCGCACUACCGUCGUCAGGAGGAAGAGAACGCUGGCCCAGGUCAGUAUAUCUGUAUUUGCUAAAAUUUUCAUGGCCCAGGUCAUUUUAUCUGUAUGUGGUGCAAUUUUCAUUCCAGGUACCGCCUUUCGAUUGGGGUGAAGGCAAUGAGCGUUCCAUUCAGCUCUGGAAUCGAUUACCGUCAGACGCAUCUUUACCCAGCCUUAUUUGGAAACAGAUGCAUGUAGGAAAUUAGUGCCUAGUGUGAAUAUGCCCUUUUUAGCGCAAUGUGCCCGUCUAAUUUGAUC